UGCCAGAAGAAAUCUUGGGUUCUUGAGACUUGUGGCUGAUUCUCCCUGGCUGCACCAACAAUCUACGCUUCUUGAAGCCAUUAGAAGAUAUGAUCAGCUAUGGAUGCCAUUGAUUGCUGAUCUUACAACAGGGUCAAAGCCUCCGAUGAUUCUUCCACCACUUGAUGUUGAAUGGGUCUGGUAUUGCCAUACACUUCAACCGGCCAAUUACAGGGAUUACUGUGAGUCAAGAUUCUCAAAACUCAUUGGAAAACCAGCUAUAUUUGAUGAAGAGAAUGAAGAAUAUGCAUUGGACAGAUGCAGAGAAAUCUGGGAGUCCAAAUUCCCAUCUGAGCCUUUUGAAAAUGAAGCUGAUUCCAAUUUGGAGUGUUGUUCAUCUGUUCUUAGUGAAGAUCUGUUGGAUCAAAUGUCCAAGCAAAGAAAUCUGAACACAAGGUUUUCGGAGCCGUAUUAUUCUGAAAUGGUGUAUUUGGUGGCAGCCAAGCAAAGAUACAAAGGUUUCAUUUACAUGGUUCAUAGGUUUGGCGAUGAAUGUUCUUGCUUAGUUCCCACCUCAGAUGUUCUGUUGAUGUGGCUUACUCAUCAGAGCUAUCCAACAGUAUAUGCAGUGGAUGUUAAGGGGUUGGAGGGAGAUAUGGAGAAAAUAGUUUGGGUGUGGGAAGCUGUGAAAGAAGAAGACAUAGAAGAAACCAAAAUGCUGUGGGAGAGAACUUUUGACCAACCAUAUGAGAAAGCUGGUGGUGGAGCCAUCACAAGGCCUAUUACCAAUGAACCACCUUUUUACUGGGACGUAACGAACACUGAUGUCAACACCAGAUACAAGUCAAUGGUGCCCAGGUUUUUAUUCGAGGUGUGCGUAUCAGUAAAACUUAUCUCAAAUAUCAGGCAAAUGAAGACAGAUCCUAAACGAGAAUUUCUGCGUCUUCGAAUGGCAAAGUGUCACAGGGAGGUGAAAAUGGACAAACCAGUAUCUCAAUUCACAUCAGAAUCAUGGCAAAAAGCAUGGCAUCUCUACUGCGAAUUUGGUACCAAAGGACUAAUACUUGAGCUUCGACACCGUGAUGGCUGCUGCUUUAAAGGUAGUUCUCUGCGGGAGAGCAUUUCAUUUGCUUGGAAUGACUUGUUACGGGCACCCUCUCUCACAUUAGGAAAAGAGAUUGAUGAAAGAGUAAGGACUACGGCUUCAAUUACUCCACCUGUACAAGCAUCGUAUUUGUUGAAAUGUGUGCCGGACCGGGUGACAGAUGACUCAGGUGCAAUGAUAUCAGAUGUAAUCCUGAAAAUGAAUCAGUACCGACCGCAGGAAGGUAGAUGGUUAUCUCGGACGGUUCUGGAUCAUGCCAGCAGAGAGUGUUUCGUUGUUCGAAUGAGAGUUGGAGGUGGUUUUUGGCGAAGAGGGGCUGAAGCUCCUACAGCUGUGAAAUGGGAGGACCGUAUUAUAGAGAUACGGGAGGGUUCUUGGUCUUACGUUACCGGUUCCAGUUCCAUCGGUAGAUCGCCUGAGAAAGUGGUCGGAACCGCUACACCAAAAGAACCACCGGAAGGGUUCCAAGCUUCGUGGAGCUUCUCAACAGGAAAUGAAUUGCUAAUACAAUACGAUACAUCAUCAUCAUCCAUCUCCGGCUUGAGAUUUGAUCUACAAAAUAAAACAUCUUCUGAACCAAUGGUAAAGCUGUUGCCUGGGAGACAAAUGCAAUAUCAGGUCAAUAACUCCGGUCUAGAGACUAAAGCCGGAAAAGAUGGCAGAAACAAGGAAGUAACAAAGGAAGAAGGAAGCACCGAGGAACACGAAUUUGUAACCAUAAUUAGGUACUCGGAGGACAACCUGACUGGAAAAGCCACUGCGCUUCUGAACUGGAAGCUGCUCGUGGUGGAGGUGUUGCCGGAAGAAGAUGCAGUUCUAAUACUCCUUAUCUGCCUGUCAAUACUCCGAAGUGUAUCCGAAUUCAAAAGGGAAGACCUGGGAAGCUUGUUGGUCCGGAGGAGAAUACAGGAAGCUAAGAUUGGGGACAGGGACUGGGGGUCGGUUUUUCUCCACCCUUCGUCGUAUUCUCCAUCAGUUUCUUCUCCAUAUCUUCAUCCCUGGUAUUGGAAUGCAAAGCUGGUUAUGACAUCCCAAGUGAAGGAUCAGGCCGUAGCUCCACCGUCUUCAAAUUAUUCGCAGGCGGAAGGCGGGGAGAGAUUGUACAAAAGCGGAAUAAUACCUUGAAAAUGAUAUGUUUGAUCUGUGAUUUGUGAAAGAAUAGGAAUAGGAAGAGUCUGUUUUAUCAUCCGGCUUCCUUUUUUGUUGUUCUUUCUGAAUUUGAUAAUUUGUGAAGGACUUGUGGAAGAGAGUGAUCAGGUUGGAUUUCAAUGAUGAUUGGAUUAAGAGGGUAUGUUGCUGUUCAUAUAUUUGUUUGGAACUUACAAGAUAUUUGGCAUUAUAA